GUGGAUCCAGAAUUGGAAGAAAUUGAAAAUGAAUUUAGCAUAAGAGCGCGUACUUUACCACCUCCUUCAAAACCUCCACGCACACCUCAAAUGGAUGGAGGCGAAAUGAAAACAAAUGGCAAAAGUAACUCAGAAUUGGAUGAAUGGGAAUCUAAAUUAUAUGGACGUAGUGCUGAGUCUGGUAAUUCUGAUUCGUUAAAGCGCCGAUCCUGGGAGCCGGUGGCGGUGCCUUUGAAAACUACCACUUAUGAAGAAGAAACAGAAAAGGAGUUACCCCUCACAGAACCAGAGCCUAUGAGUAAAUCUCUUUUACCCACUUUACAAGAAUCACAAACUCCUGAAAGUUUCUCCGAUAGUUCAAGCAGCAGUGAUGAAGAAAUUGAGGCAGAAAAACCAAAACAAGUUGUUGUGACUCCUUUGAGACCAGCAAGUGAGGAAAAAUCCAAGGUAAUAACUUCCUCUCCAAUAAAACCCACUGAUCUCAAACUAUUGACUCCAAGUGACAAUGGCGAAAUUGUUAAAAAAGAUUCCCUACUCUCACCAGAUGUGGAUAAAAAUGAAUUUGCCAAAUUUAAUGCUUCCUUUGCUAAAUUUGAACAGAGAAACAGUUCCAAAUUCUUUGAUAUUGGUGAAGAAACAAAUAAUUUCCUUAAAAAUGAAUCUCUAACAUCUGGUGUUAACCAACCACAGCCCAAACCCAGAGCAAGAAUUUCGCCUAUGGUGGAAAAGGAGGAUAAUAGCAAAAAAGCUUUAGAGGAAGAAGCAAAACGCAAACGUGACGCCGAAGAUGCUCGUUUAGAAGCUGAAUUAAAAGAAAAUGAAAGACGCCUUAAAGAAGAGGAAGAAGCUUUACAAAAAGAAUUGCGUGAGAAAGAAGAAGAGGAAAAGAGACGAGAAGCCAAACGUCGUGAAGAAGAUUUUAGAAUUUUAAAUUUCUCCAAACGUCUAGUGUCACAAGAAGAUAAACCCGAAGAAAAGCCACAAAAAAAUCAUGAACCUUUGGUCAAUAAUAAAGAACAAUAUAAAGAGGAAAAGAAACUAGAAAUCAAUAAUAAAAAAGAACGCCAAUUCAACAUAAACCGAGAAAAACAAACGAUUAGUAACGCCUCUACGCCUAGUCCCAAACAAAAUGAACGCAUUAUUAUAGGCCAUGAAAAAGCCACCACACAAGCGGAAAGACGUGCUGAAAUCUCAGCCGCAUUAGCCAAAAAAUAUGAAGGCAAAUCAAGAGAGGAACUUAUGCUUAUAGCCAAUGGCAUGGAAAAUGAAGCCUUAAUACAAAGACAACGUGUCAAAGAACUUGAAGAUUAUUUAGACAAUUUAUUAUUAAGAGUUAUGGAAACACAUCCCAAAAUCUUACAAAAUCCCUACUCACGAACAACUUCUGCUAAGAGCGGUUGAGAAUCAUUGUUACACUUCUGCAAAAACCAAUUAAACCAUCAUCACAAAUGAAAGGAAGAUGUUCUGAAUUCAUCACCAUAUUGCCUUUGAAGUGCAAAACUAAAGUGCUUUUAUUGUAUUUUGUUGAAAUCUAUGAUAUUUUUUAUAAAUUACAAUUUUUUAAACUAAUUAACUAAACUACUAUUUUAAAUAAAUAACUUUAAAAUAAUUACUAUUUAAUAAACAAAUAUAACAGUUUUUAUAAAAGAAACAUUAAGGCAAUAUUACUAUUGUAACAAAACUUUUGUAACAAAAACCUAUUUCCUAAUAAUUUCCAAAAUUUCUUGUUAUUUUCAAAAGUAUUGUUUUUAUACGCUGUCCUUCUACUCUUCUAUUAAAUGUAAUACCUAUAAAGAUUUGCUAUUUAUCUAUCACUAAGCUUUCUUUAACUUUAUAAAUAUGAUUAAAAAAAAUCAACAAAAUUUCUUAGUUUUUAAGUUAUAGUUUAAUAUUAACAAUAAUAAUAAUAAUUGUAAAACAUUUAUAUUUAUUAUUUAAAAUCAACAAGAUACUAACCAUAAUUAGAAAAACUUGAGAAUUAUUUUAAGCUUUUAAAUCCAACAGAAUUUGUGUUAAAUCUUGUUUUUUAAACAA